CCAAAACGAACCGGAAUAAACCUUAAACCGGUCCAUCCCCAAACCCUUCCAUCCUCUCCCUCGACCUCCCUAGUAUCAAUUUCGUCGUCCCCCCGUCAGAUUCCGUGCUCCGGCGUCUCAAAGGAUUCUAAUGAAGUAUGUGAAGCCACUGAGGUUAUUGGGUGAUGCUUUGAAGACAAAAGUGUCGGUACCUGGUCGGUUUCUCGGGUUAGAUGUUGGUGACAAGUAUGUUGGAUUAGCUGUUUCAGACCCUUCUAAUAUGAUUGCGUCUCCUUUGAGUGUUCUGCUAAGGAAGAAAACAAACAUUGAGUUGAUGGCUACGGAUUUUCAGAAUCUGGUCAAAUCAUUUUCUGUGUCAGGCUUAGUCGUUGGCUAUCCGUUUGGCAAACUGAACAAUGUUGAAGACGUUGUCACUGUGAAUCUCUUCAUUGAGGAACUUCGUAAAACCGAAAAACUCAAAGAUGUGAAGUACACUUAUUGGGACGAGCGUUUAUCAUCAAAGACCGUUGAACUGAUGUUGAAGCCUUUGAAACUGCAUCCAGUUCAAGAGAAGACAAUGUUGGACAAGUUUGCCGCUGUAGUUAUACUUCAGGAGUAUUUAGAUUACGCAAACAGGUAUGUAAACACUGAGCCAGCAGAGUAAGAGAGAAGCCAGGUACUGACAAGCUAGAUUGGAUGUUAACAGUCUUCUAUAAUUAGCUACACGAGCUAGUUUUGGAUAAAUGAGUAUGAUUUGUUGUUUAAUUUAUCUAUGUUUACAAAGACAUCUUGCAUCAAACACAAUAAUAUCUCUUAACAAACUUUGUUUUGGGCAGUUCCUAUGUUUGUGUUAAGCAUUUUGUAACAUCCUCUGCAAAACCUAGCCGCUGUUGAACUUUUUCCUUAACAGUCAUCUUUUUCUGGGGCUUGAAGUUUCCAGUCUCUUGAUACCGCCACCUUCCACAUCUCUUCUUCAUUCUCUUCCUUUGGAAGCUUACUGUUGGGUUGACUGCAGAAGCUGUAACAGGAGCAGCUCCUGAGUUCUUGCUACUCAUUUCUUUCUUUCUUUCUUUUUUGUUAUUACAAGUCU